AUGAAGCGAAAUUAUUCCGGCGAUAAGCAUCUGCACGACGAGCAGCAGAGGGAUCAAUUUGAUGAACAUCAGAUGGUGAUAAAGGAUGAGACUGACACUAAUCUUGUGAAUUUACGAAGGGCUGUCCAAGACAGAACCUACAAACGUUUCUAUGGGUCUUUAGGGCAAAGGUUUUGCAUGAUCAAAAAAGUCUACCGGGAUAAUUUUGAGAAGUGCUUUAAGGAGCAAUAUUCUAUGGUUCAUCGAUUAAAAACGAAUAAAAUCCGUAAUGUGGCGAUGUUUUUCGCCCAUUUGAUUGCUACUGAUGCUCUUCCUUGGAAUGUUUUAUCUUACAUACGUUUAACGGAAGAUGAUACCAACUCUUCAUCUCGUAUAUUUCUCAAGUUUUUGUUUCAGGAGUUGUCUGAGCAUCUUGGCAUCAGCUUGAAUGAACGCCUUACCGAUCCUGCUUUCGACUCUAUUUUCCCCAAAGAUAAUCUGAAGAAUAUGCGCUUUUUGAUCAACUUUUUUUCUGCGAUUGGGCUCGGUAGUAUUACUCAAAAUUUACGUAGUUACCUCAAGAAUGUGCCACAGUUUAGCAUGCACCAGCAGAUUGCACGAGGUUUGUUGCCGGUGCCGGCACAUUGGAAUUACGACUUGUGCAAGAAUUUUAUUCUUAAUGCACUAAGUGAUGAUCUCUAUGAUUACUACAAUGAUGGAAAGACUGCAAAGGAAACUUGGGAGGCGCUGCAAAAGAAAUAUGAUACCGAGGAGGCGGGGACUAAAAAGUACGCAGUCAGCCGCUACCUCAAAUAUCAAAUGAGUGAUGAAAAAUCUGUCGAGGCGCAAUCCCAUGAAUUACAGAAAAUAGCUCAUGAGAUCAUCUCCGAAGGUAUGGUUCUUGAUGAACAAUUUCAAGUUGCUGUUUUAAUUGACAAAUUACCUCCUUCGUGGAGGGACUUUAAGAAUUCUCUCAGGCACAAAACGAAAGAGUUCUCGCUGGAAAGUUUGAUCACUCGUCUUCGGAUUGAGGAAGAGGCGAGAAAACAGGAUCUAAAAGAUGAAGUGUUGGUUGUUUCUAACAACACAAGAAAGUUUAGUUCGAUGAGUCUGAAGCCUAAUGGCAAGAAUUUUAAGAAUCAGAAUCACAAUUCGAGCCAAAACCAAAAUGUGAAUCGCAACAAAGCAAACCAGAAUGGUAAUCCUUCAAGGAACCAUAUUGUGAAACAGGCACCACCUGUUAAGAAUGACCUGCCACCAUUUCUAUGCUUUAACUGUGGAAAACCGGGUCAUAUGGCACGCAAGUGUCGGAACAAGCCAAGUACUGCUCCACAGGCUAACUUGACUGAAGAGCCUUUUACGGCUAUGAUAACAGAUAUGAUGGCUGAGAUCAACCUUGUUGGUGGAUCAAGUGGUUGGUGGGUAGACACGGGCGCUAAUCGCCAUGUUUGCCACGAUCGUGCUAUGUUCAAAACAUACACUGCCGUGGAUGAUAAGAAAGUAUUACUGGGUGAUACUCACACCACUACUGUUGCUGGAAUUGGAAGUGUUGAACUGAAAUUUACUUCAGGAAAAACACUAAUCUUGAAGGAUGAUGCACACUCCUAUGAUGAGGAAGAACUUGGUGUCUGGCUAUCUUCUCAACAAGGCUGGAUUCUUUCAGAAUAUUGGUGGAGAUAUGUACACCAUUACCAGAAAUGGUAUCUUUGUGCGAAAGGGUUAUGCUUGUGA